AAACGUAGUGAGUCCAUUUUUUCGAUGUUUGAAUGUUUGUUUUAAUUGAUCAAAUUGGCCGUUUUUUCUUCGUCCCAAACUUUUAAAGGUUACUCUUUUCGGAACUCAUUUUGACCACCCACCAAUCGAUUUCCGACGAGAAAUCCCAAAUCGACGGCGGAGAGGGCUUGUUCCGAUCCCGAUGAAGCGUGCUCGGAGCGCCGACACACUCUGUCGGCUCCGGCGAUGUCGGUGGCGGUGGAGGGCUUCGCAUAUCCUUCUUGCCGCUGUAGGACUCUACUAUCUCUUCGUCUCCUCCAAGCUCUCUCGGCUGCUUGAUCUCCGUCCCUUCGUCGAUCUUGACCCCCCCGCUGGCCCCCUUCUUGGCUCCGUUCAACGGCAAGAAUCCCUACAUGGCCGGCUUGAUGACCCUCUUGUUCGGCGCGCUCGGUAUGGUCGGUUGACUGCGGAGAUUCUCCGCCGCGAUCGUGUUCCGUUGGGUGGGAACUCGUCGGAGCUUGAUCGUAUGGUGCGCGAGGCUUGGAGUCUUGGUCUCAAAGCUUGGGAUGAUGUCUCCGGGGAUGACCCCGCCAGCAUCGACCUAAACUCUUCGGUUUUGGUUGGGGAGAGUACCGCGGCGUGCCCGUCGUCGGUGACGAUGGGUGGUGGUAGUGGAGAGACGAUAAUGUUCUUGCCGUGCGGGAUGGUUGUGGGUUCGGCGGUGACGGUGGUGGGGACGCCGAAGACGGGGCAUAGAGAGUUUGUGCCACGGCUGAUGAAGCUGCGGGGUGGGAAUGGGGUGGUGAUUGUGUCGCAGUUCGCGGUGGAGUUGCAGGGUUUGAAGGCAGUGGAUGGCGAGGAGGCUCCAAAGAUACUCCAUUUCAAUCCGAGAUUGAAGGGGGACUGGAGCCAGCUGCCGGUUAUUGAGCAUAAUACUUGUUAUAGAAUGCAAUGGGGGAAGGCCAUGAGGUGUGAUGGGUUGCCCUCAAAUGAUGAUGAUUAUACUGUGGAUGGAUUCUGCAAAUGUGAGAGAUGGGAACGCAGUGACAAUGUUGACUCAAAAGAAUCGAAGACAACUUCGUGGUUACAUAGGUUCAUUGGUCGGGCAAAAAGGCCAGAUAUCAAAUGGCCUUUCCCUUUUGUAGAGGGGAAACUUUUUGUUUUAACGCUUCAAGCUGGUGUUGAAGGUUAUCACAUUUAUGCAGGGGGGAGGCAUGUAUCUUCAUUCCCAUAUCGCACAGGAUUUGCUCUCGAAGAUGCAACAGGUUUAGCUAUCAAGGGAGAUGUGGAUAUACAUUCAGUAUAUGCUACCUCUCUUCCCAAAUCCCAUCCUAGUUUUUCACUCCAGCAAGUCCUGGAAAUGUCUCCGCAAUGGAAAACUGAUCCUUUGCCAGAAAGUCCCAUUUAUCUAUUUAUCGGUAUUCUUUCAGCUGCAAACCACUUUGCAGAGCGUAUGGCUAUUAGAAAAACUUGGAUGCAAUCUCCUCAAAUCAAGGCAAGGAACAUAGUUGCACGAUUCUUCGUUGCAUUGAAUACAAGGAAGGAGGUGAAUGCAGUGCUAAAGAAGGAAGCUGAAUAUUUUGGAGAUAUAGUUCUUCUACCAUUUAUGGAUCGGUAUGAGCUGGUUGUUCUCAAGACAAUUGCAAUUUGUGAAUAUGGGGUUUGGAAUUUGACUGCUGCAUACGUCAUGAAAUGUGAUGAUGAUACAUUUAUCAGACUGGAUGCUGUGAUGAAUGAAGUUGAACACAUUGCCCCUAAGAGGUCUCUUUACAUGGGUAAUCUGAACCUUUUGCAUAGGCCUCUAAGAAGUGGGAAAUGGGCGGUUACAUUUGAAGAAUGGCCAGAAGAGAUAUAUCCACCAUAUGCCAAUGGACCAGGCUAUGUGAUCUCAAGUGAUAUUGCAAACUUUAUUGCCUCUCAACAUGCCAAUGAUAGUCUAAGAUUGUUCAAGAUGGAAGAUGUUAGCAUGGGAAUGUGGGUCGAACAAUUCAAUGCCACCACACCCGUUCAGUACUCGCACAGCUGGAAGUUCUGCCAGUAUGGAUGCAUAGAGAAUUACUACACUGCUCACUACCAGUCACCGAGGCAAAUGAUGUGCCUGUGGGAGAAGUUGUCUAGGGGUCAAGCCCAGUGUUGCAAUUUCAGAUGAACUAAUCAAGCGCCUCUUGCUUCUCACUCAUAUUCAUUGAUUGCCUGCAGCCAUUUUUUGCUGCAAAAUUUUCUUGCUUUUAUAGCGGCUAAUCCAAUGUGCUGAGUUGAUUGUGAACCAAGUUAGUUAACAUUAUGAUCCACCCUUUUUCUCCUGUGUAUAGUGUGUAUUGUUUGAGCGGUUUUGAUGAUUUUCUCGAUUGUAAUGUAGUUUCUAGCACUGAUGCAUCCUAGUGAAACAUAGAGUUUUCA